UGAUAACUGAGCCCCCUCCCUCCAAUUUAGGAGUGCGAAGUUUGGGUAAAAGAGACAUGCAUUUCAGGUUCUUUUUCUGCUGUCAACAACUGUAGAAGACAAUAUCUCCCCCGACUGUCCCUACAAUUCGAAAAACGAGCUACGUGUUUGCGUACUAUUCUAAAUCUUUCCAAAAUAAUCACUCGGCAAUAAGAAUUAAAUUGUUUUUGGAAAUUGGCAGCCGCCAUGUAUAAAUUAAGUGGCAGCUGCCAUUUAAUUUGUAUAGUGGCCGCCAGUUAAAUUCAGUAGCGGCCCCCAGAUGAAUUAAGUGGCGGCUGCCAGUUAAAUGAAUAUUAAUUCCAUACCCUAUCGGCUUCCGUAGGAAUUAAUACAGAUGAGAAUGACAAGGCAUAUUAUUAAAAAGAAAUGCCCACAGAUCAAUCGAUCGUAAAGACUAAUAACCAAGACUAACAGUAUUUCAUACAUCGGCUAUAGAUUGCUAAGAGAUGCGACUUCUAUAAGAGCACAGAAAUAUCUUUUUGCCAGAGGAAGAAAUCACUUUGACUAACAUACCGAUGAAUAUGGAGACCAUGAAUCGCACAGAAUUUCCACUUUCGCUAGAAAGAAUUUUUGAACGUUUUGAGUUCGUAUCCGAGUCCCCUGUAUUGGGAGUAUUUCUCAUAGCCAUAUUAAUUUUUGCGACAUUUUUCGGCACUUUCGGAAAUGUGUUGAUUCUGGUAUCGGUUUGCAAGAUUAUCAAGAUGAAAUCACUGGAGUACAUUUUCAUCGGAAACCUGGCGAUUUCGGACAUGUACGUUACUCUGAUUGCAGACCCAAUGAAUAUCGUCAGUAAAUUGGAAGGAGAGAAAUUUUUCCAUGCCUUUCCGGGUCUGUGUCCAGCAAUCGCGUGCUUGUGCACCAUAUCUUGCAUCAGUUCCCUUGGCUCCAUUACUCUCAUGAGCUUCAGUCGAUUUAUUUUCAUAUGCCAUAACAAGUACUACAACAUUUUAUUCAAAAAAAGCACGUGCAUCGCCAUGUGCAUUCUUCUUUAUCUAGUGGGUCUUUUCUUAGUUCUGCUAAAUUUCGCCGGGAUUGGGGAUCAUUCUUUUGACGGCAAGAGCCUGGAAUGCAUUUGGGACAGAAUGGCCACGUACUAUUACACCGUGGUAUUCUCUAUUGUACUUGUGUGGAUUCCAGUUUUGUUCACAGGAAUGUUUUACUUGUGUAUUUACUGUAAAUUUCGUAAAGCUGGCAGGCAAGUUGCGGACAUCAACUCCUACAUGCACCGGAAGUCGAUCUGCUUUGCGCGCACCUUGUUUCUGAUUUACGCCGUUUUUGCGACAUGUUGGGUGCCGUACGCACUUAUUAUUGUGGCGGACAGGAAGAAUACGUUUGCCCAUGAAACACAUUUGAUUAUUACAACGUUUGCACAUCUGCAUCCCUCCAUUAAUUGGCUGGUUUACUUUCUGACCAAUAAAAACUUCAAUCUUGCAUUUAAUUCACUGACAAAGUUGGCCAGGUGUUCUAAAAAAAACAGAGUAAAAAUAAUACAGGUAAAACCCAUUAAAAAUAAAAAUGAAAGGAUCAUAGGGAACUAGCGCACUUGUCACCCCUUCUCAUUAUUUUAAUGAGUUUUGUUCCGAUCACCAGACCUGUAUACUGUAUAAAACAGCAUCUAGUCUAUCCACACACCCACAAAUACUGAACUUUUUUCUAGAAAAUAAAACCCACUUUGUCAGCUCAUCUGAACUGAAGCCUCAAGCGAGCUUUGCUGAUCAAAAUUUGUCCGUCAUAUGUUAACGUCGUUAACUUUUCACACGAUCAAAUUCUACUCUGAAACUGCCUCGCCACUUUUAACCAGACUUGACGAUAGGUACCAGGGUAUAGAAUUAAUAUUCAUUUAACUAUCGGCUUCUGUGCAAACUUGCUUUUGCAGUAUCGUUUGCUGAAGGGGAUUAAACUUUGAUCAUUUGAACAAACUUAAAUCCCCUUCACAUACAUGUAGGGGUGUUUUGUGCAAAGUUUGGUUGAAAUUGGUGCUGCUGGUUCUGGAGAAGAAUAUUUUUAAAAUUUCUGAGUGCAUUUUUGCUUUGAUCUUCCCUUGAGGAUGGGCGUUGCCCUUCAUUUGAACAAACUUUAUCUACUUCAUCCAAGAAUUUUUUUUGCCAAAUUUGGUUGAAAUUGGUCCAGUGGUUCUGGAGAAGAAGUCGAAAAUGUGAAAAGUUUACAGACAGACGGACGGCAGACAACUGAUAUUUGAGCUUUCAACUCAAAUGAGCUAAAAAUUGCGGUAAAUCCUUCUACUUCACAGUUUCUUUUUAAAAAAAUAAUAUGAUCGUUCACGAACAUCGAAUAAGAACAAACCGCCCCGGUGGUCUGGAGGUAGAGCGCUCGCCCCGCAUUCGGAAGAUCGAUAAUUCGAAUCCCGGCCGCGACAGACCUAAGUCGUUAAAACAGGUAAGCAUCAGGUGUAAAUAUCACGGGUCCUCGGAGAUGACAUUAAAAACGCAUGCCCCAUGUCACAGUAGGUGUGACACACUAAAGAACCCUCACUGUUCAAUGCCCGUAAGCUCCGAGUAUAGGCCUAAAUUUGGGGUCCUUCAUCGGUAUUGGUGUGUGAAAAAUUCUCAAGAGGGACGUUAAACAAGAUACAAUUGAUCGAAUAAGAACAUCACAAUAUUUAAUUGAUAAUUGUGCGUAUAUUGUUGUUUUAUUUUAAUAUAAAAAAGAAAUAAAAUACAGGAGUUCUGAGUAUAAAUGUGUGUAUAUACGUGCUUUUUAAUAUCUCUAUUACUUUGACUAAAUUGCAACCAAGUGUGUAUGUGUGUAUUUAUGAUAGUGACUUUCUAGCUUGGGAGAAGGCUUAUAUAGGCUCUGUCUGUUUGUCUAAUCCUAUUAUAUGUUAUAUAUAAUGAAAUACUGUUUAAAUGAUGUGUGUAUCUAUAUAUGUAUUUGCUGAAUAAAAGAAUUGUCCAAAUAUAGCCAUGUUAUGGUAAUGUUCCCGACUUGUAGAAAUGAAAUGAAAUCUUAUCUCAAGCAGAGAGAGAGAGAGAGAGAGAGAGAGAGAGAGAGAGAGAGAGAGAGAGAACAGUCAGCCGUAUGUACAGCAUAAUUCUAUACAAAAAUAUUGUUUGUGUUAAAACGUAUAAAAUAAAUUAUGUGUAUGUUGCUU